AUCAUUAUUACUUUAUCUCAAAGGUCAAACACUUCAUUCUCCGACAAAACCACGUUGCAAUCAUAACAACUACAUUAAUAUAAAAGAUUAAUCGCAAACAUCAGUUUAAAAUUUGUUAAACAUAAAUAAAUUGUUAUUUUAAAAUGGUUAAAGGUAAGCGAUUCGUUUUGCAGAAGAUCUUCGAAGGAUUUCCAAAGGAAAGUGACUUAAAAGUUGAGGAAUAUGAGUUACCACCAGUUAAGAAUGGAGAAUUUUUGGCGGAAGCUAUGUACCUAAGCGUUGACCCCUAUAUGAGGGCAUACGUAUCUGACUCAUCUCUGAUUGGGACAACCAUGAUAGGAUCUCAAGUUGCUAAAAUACUGGAAAGCAAAAACCCAAAGUUUCCUCCAGGUAAAUACGUUGUGGGCUAUUUUGGUUGGCAAACUCACACAGUUGCCUCUGGUGAACAGGCUGGUAAAGCAUUACCUCCAUUUUUGAUCCCAGAUCUUGGGGAGUUGCCAAUAUCACUUGCUCUUGGAGUUCUUGGAAUGCCAGGAAACACGUCUUAUUUUGGUUUACUUGAGUUGUGUCAACCAAAACAAGGAGAAACCGUUGUCGUUUCCGGUGCUGCUGGAGCUGUUGGCAGUCAUGUCGGACAAAUUGCAAAAAUUAAAGGAUGCACAGUUAUAGGGAUUGCAGGGUCUGAUGAAAAAGGAAAAUGGUUAACAGAGGAACUUGGAUUCGACCAUUUUAUCAAUUACAAAACAGCCAACAUUCCAGAGGAAUUGAAGAAAGCUGCUCCAAAGGGUAUUGACUGUUAUUUUGACAAUGUUGGUGGAGAACUUAGUUCAGCAGUAUUACAUCAAAUGAAUUUGUAUGGUAGAAUCUCGGUAUGUGGGUCAAUUGCUAACUACAACGAUACUACAAGAGCAGUUGCUCCAGUUGUCCAACCUUCAAUUGUAUUUAAACAACUCAAAAUGGAAGGAUUCGUCGUAAAGAGAUGGGAAAACAGGUGGAUGGAAGGUAUUAAACAAAAUUUGGAAUGGAUCAAACAGGGAAAAGUCAAAUACCACGAAACUGUUACUGAAGGUUUCGAAAAUAUGUUCAAAGCUUUCACUGGAAUGUUGAAAGGGGAAAAUACAGGAAAAGCCAUUGUAAAAGUGUAAUUAAAUAUGUAGUUAAUUAUU